AUGGCUGCUUUAGUAAGAGAGCUGCUGGGAUCUGCUCCCUGCUGGGAGGGAUGUGAGGAUGGAGAAACCUGGAUUGAAGCUGAACAGCAACCAGAGUGGUAUAAAACUGAACCAGAACACAAGAAUGAGGACAGAAUCGGAGCACCUUGGAGUAGAUGUGAGUACAAGACUUUGCACCAGCUAAAGCUGCCUUGGAAAGCCAUGGCUGCCGCCCCUCAGCUCAACUCGGAUGCACUCCGGGAGGUCCUGGAGUGCCCCAUUUGCAUGGAGUCCUUCACUGAGGAGCACCUGAGACCCAAGCUCUUACACUGCGGGCACACCAUCUGCAAACAGUGCUUGGAGAAACUCCUAGCAAACAGCAUUAAUGGGAUACGGUGCCCCUUUUGCAGCAAAAUCACGCGGAUCACAAGCUUAGCUCAGCUGACUGACAAUCUUACUGUGCUGAAGAUCAUAGACACCACCGGACUGGGGGAAGUGGUGGGUCUUCUCAUGUGCAAGGUCUGUGGGAGAAGGUUGCCAAGACACUUUUGCAAGAGCUGUAGCUUGGUUUUGUGCGAGCCGUGCAAGGAGACAUCACACAUGUCCCAAGGGCAUAGAGUCAUUGCUAUCAAAGAGGCUGCUGAAGAGCGUAGGAGGGAAUUUGGGACGAGGCUUGCCAGACUUCGGGAGCUCAUGGGUGAUCUGCAGAAAAGAAAAGCAUCUCUGGAGGGUGUUUCGAGAGACCUGCAAUCUAGAUACAAAGCAGUUCUGCAAGAUUACAGCAAAGAAGAGCGCAAGAUCCAGGAAGAACUGGCCAGGUCACGCAAGUUCUUCACCACCUCUUUGUCUGAAGUGGAGAAGGUAAAUAAUCAGGUAAUGGAGGAGCAGGCUUAUCUGCUGAACUUAGCAGAAGUGCAGAUUAUGUCUCGCUGUGACUAUUUCCUAGCCAAAAUAAAGCAGGGAGACAUAGCUCUCUUGGAGGAGGCAGCAGAUGAGGAAGAACCAGAACUGACAAACAGUCUCCCAAAGGAGCUGACUCUUCAAGAGGUUGAACUCCUUAAGGUGAGCCAUGUGGGACCACUGCAGAUCGGGCAGGUGGUGAAGAAACCCCGGACCGUUAACGUGGAGGAAUCGCUCAUGGAAACUGCAGCAUCCUCAUCGGCAUCAUUUCGGGAGCCUGACUUUGUGCAAGAAGAGGCCAGCUGCACACCAAAUGCCUCACCAGCCAAGCCAAGGAUGCCUGAAGCAGCCACGAGCAUCCAGCAGUGUCACUUCAUCAAGAAGAUGGGCUCCAAGGGCAGCCUGCCAGGGAUGUUUAAUCUCCCCGUCAGCCUACACGUCACCCUGCAGGGCGAGGUGCUUGUGGCAGACCGAGGCAAUUUCCGAAUCCAGGUUUUUACCCGCAAAGGCUUUCUGAAGGAGAUCCGCCGGAGCCCUAGCGGAAUCGAUAGUUUUGUACUGAGUUUCCUUGGGGCGGACUUGCCCAAUUUGACUCCCCUUUCUGUCACCAUGAACUGCCAUGGCCUGAUAGGCGUGACCGACAGCUACGAUAACUCUGUCAAGGUCUACACCAUGGAUGGUCACUGCGUGGCGUGUCACCGGAGCCAGCUAAGCAAGCCGUGGGGCAUCGCCGCCCUGCCUUCUGGGCAGUUUGUAGUGACCGACGUGGAAGGGGGAAAACUCUGGUGUUUUACAGUGGACCGCGGCGUGGGGGUGGUGAAGUAUAGUUGCUUAUGUAGCGCGGUGCGCCCAAAGUUUGUCACCUGCGAUGCUGAAGGAACCAUAUACUUUACUCAAGGGCUGGGGCUUAACCUGGAAAACCGGCAGUACGAACACCAUUUAGAAGGAGGCUUUUCAAUUGGCUCCGUCGGCCCAGAUGGGCAGCUGGGACGCCAGAUUAGCCACUUCUUCUCUGAGAAUGAGGAUUUCAGGUGCAUUGCUGGGAUGUGUGUCGAUGCCAGGGGAGACCUCAUUGUUGCUGACAGUAGCCGUAAAGAAAUCCUGCAUUUUCCUAAAGGAGGCGGCUAUAAUAUCCUAAUCCGGGAAGGACUCACCUGCCCAGUUGGUAUUGCCAUUACUCCCAAAGGGCAGCUGCUGGUGCUGGACUGUUGGGAUCAUUGCAUUAAGAUCUACAGUUACCAUCUGAGAAGAUACUCCACCCCGUAA